UGGCUUCAUGAUUUUUGGCGCGUUUACGUCAUAAAGUCAACAGGACGUCAUUUGAAAUCUUUUGGGUGAAACGUAACGUAGCGUAGUGUAAAGUUUUAAGAUUCGGAUAUGGAUACCAAUAGAUUUGUACUACUGGUGUUAUUCACAAUCUUAGAACAGACUUUUGCCGAACCUGCUUUUUGUCACAGAUUAAUCGUAGAUAAGAAAGACACACACAGAAAACAUUGUUAUGAGGAAAGCACGUACAGAAUUUGUAAAACUUCGUGUCUAAGUGUUGUUUUAGACGAAAGCUUUAUAGCUAAUGAUUGUCCAUGGGGCGAUGCACCACAGGCUAGAGGAUGCCAGAAAAUCAACGACUUAACCUCAGGAAGAUUCUGUAUUAGGAGAACAGGUUCUACACUAUUAACAGAAGAUGUGGUUAUCGGGAUUAACUGUUGUGGAACUUGUAUGACAUCGAACCUGAAACAAUCUCCAGACAAACUUAGCGGUUAUAGGUCAAAGUUCCCUGAAAUAUAUAAGAACCGUUCAGGCUAAACGAAAGCCAUUCCUAGCCGUUCAUCCGUUAAAUAUUUAAAAAAAAAAAGCUGCCAUAGACAUUUUGUAACUCCAUCUAUAUACAAUUCUUCAUCGCAUCUGAUAGUCUCUGUUGCAAGAAUGAAAAUAUUAGCUAGACAUAUAUAUAUAUAUUUAUUUCACUUUUGAUGUUUUAAUUUAUUGAAUAAUCAUUUUGUUACCAAUAGAAAAUAGUGUCAGCGAUUGUUA